CGAAUGUCAAACUGCUGGCCCACGCAUUGCAACUUCUUCCGCUUAACUAUGGCUGGUCAUACUACGAUAGCCAGCUGUUUCCCGCGUUUUUAAUUCGCAAAUUGCAAUUGGCGAAAGUGCAACGGAAAAGUUGAGAGAGACGGGGAAAACGCGAAGAAAGCGCACAAUGCAACGUCGUUCGAUUAGCUAGAACCCUUUGAUCCGCUCUCACGGAAACCACACUAUAACCAGGACAAACCGGGCUGCGCCCCAAAAAACCAAGAGAGACUUGUUUUGCGACUUCAAGAGCAGCUGCAUCAUGUUUGUCCAGGAUCUGCGAAACGAUUUCUACCGCCAGCUGGUUGGGAAGCGCAUCCUAAUUGUUGUGAAUUAUGACAUUGAUGCCAUCUGUGCCAGUCGCAUUCUACAGGUGUUGUUUAAAUACGACCACAUGCUCUACACGGUGGUGCCCAUCAUGGGCGUCACUGGACUGAAACGGGCCUAUGGAGAGCAUCAGGGCGAUGUGAAAUAUGUGGUGCUGGUCAACUGUGGCGGCUGUGUUGAUAUUGUGGAGCUACUGCAGCCGGCGGAGGAUGUAACCUUCUUCAUUUGCGACUCACAUCGUCCGCUGGACGUUUGCAAUAUCUACAGUGACCGUCAGGUUUGCAUUUUGGGUGAUCCAGCUCUCGAGGAGAAUAUACCCGGCUUUGAGACCAUAUUUUACGAUUCGGAUGGAGAGGAAGACGAGGAUGAGGACGAAGAAGGCGAUGGCAAUGAGGGAUCCUCCGAUCGGGAGGAGAGAAACAAUGACAGUGGCGCCGGGGAAUCGGAUUCAGAGGAGCAAGGUGAACGAAGACCGCCGCGUCACAAGCUUAGCCGCCUGGAGCGGCAUGAGCAACGCAUCCUAAAGCAACGAGCCCGCCGUCAAUGGGAAUCGGAGAGGGACAGAAUCAUGUUUGAAUACACACAAUUUAGCUACUACGGACGCUCCACUGCACUGAUGAUCUUUGAGUUGGCUUGGAAGCUAUCCAAGGAUAACAUGGACCUGCUCUGGUGGGCCAUUGUGGGCAUCACCGAGCAGCUGCUACUGGGCAAGAUCGAGAGCAGUGCUUAUACGCUAGAACUGGAGCAGAUCCAGUCGCACGUUUCGCGGCUAACAAACAAGACGAACGAUCAGAAUACAAUGAGUGCCUCCAAGAUAAGCUUUGAGAAUGAUCUACACUUGGUUCUGUACCGUCACUGGCCCGUCACGGAGUCCAUGAGAUACUCCCGCUAUGCCAGUUGCCAACUGAAACUCUGGACACUGCGCGGCGAGAAGAGGCUGCAUGAACUCCUCCUGGAGAUGGGUCUGCCCUUGGUCCAUGCCCGUCAGACGUAUGGAGCCAUGGAUUUGGUGCUACGCAAAGAGUUCUACUCGAUGGUGGAACGUCUGGCGGAGAAAUACGACAUACCGGAUAUUGUCUAUGGCACAUUCACGCUGAGCUAUGGCUACCGAAGCAGAUAUGCAGCAGCGGAUUAUGUUUACGCCCUGCUGGCCAUCAUGGAGUCGGUGAAGAAGCACAAGACCCCGGAGGAUUGCUUUCUGGAAGCAUCCGAUGCUCUGAGUCGGCAGCAUAAACAACUUCUGGCUGCUGGCAUUGAGCAGGCGAAGCUCCUUCAUGCCGCCGUCUUUAGGCAGGUGCAAAGUAGCCUGGAAGCUCGCCUGGUGCACUCUGCCGGAUCCUUUUUCUACUACGUGCUGCAGGAGGAGCAUGCCUUCUUCUCGUAUCCAUAUGCUUUGGGACUGCUAGCCCGUUUCCUUUUGCGCGGUCACGUGGCCACGAGUAGGGCCAGACAAGCACCGGAUUUGCCACUGAUUGCCACAUGUCCGCUGGACGCUGCCCAAGGGAUGUGCCUGCUGGUCGGUAUCGCUCCGGUUAGAGAGGAUUCGCCGCGAAAUUUCUUUGGCAAGGCCUUUGAGCAGGCGGCCCAGAAGAGUGGCGUCAUGUUGCUGCAGGACUUUUUUGAGCCCGCAGUGGUGCAGCUGCGUCAGAGCGAUCUUACUCGGUUUCUGGACGCCCUCACAGUGCUGCUGACAUAACCCGAAGGCUGUCCUGCUUCCUGCUCCUUCCACAUCCCCGCUCAAUCACUUUUAGUUUUCGUAAGGCUAGCCAAUAAGGACGAGAGACCUAAUCUAUAUGUUUAACCUUAAGUUUUAAGCGAACUGUAUUUAUAUAUCAUGAGAUCCAAUGUUUUAAAUGACUUCAAAAUAGCGCCAGGACAUCAAGAUUACUCCCAUUAUUUUUUUUACCCUGAAAUUAUGUGUUUAUCUGACCUAGGAAUAAAUUGCGUAGAUAAUUAAAGUGUUCAUCAUGCUAA